UCCACCCCCUGUGGAUCCCCUUUACCCCCCAAACCCCGACGGGACAAUCCCAGAUCCUCCGGAACAAGUCCUGGAAGCUCUGAGAAUUUUGGGAUACGAUUCCUUCCGGCCCGGCCAGGCCGAAGCCAUCAUGAGGGUCCUUUCUGGAAUCUCCACGCUGGUGGUGUUAUCCACAGGGAUGGGCAAAUCCCUGUGCUACCAACUUCCCGCUUUUCUCUACCACCGACAUUCCGGCAGCAUCUCCCUGGUCAUUUCCCCUCUCGUAUCCCUCAUGGAUGAUCAGGUUUCCGGCCUCCCCUCAGCCCUCAAAGCCGUCUGCAUCCAUUCCAACCUCUCCCAAUCCCAGCGGGAAGCAGCCAUGGAAAAAGUCAGGAGCGGCAAAGCCCAAAUCCUGUUGCUUUCCCCGGAAUCUCUGGUGGGAUCGGGAUCUUCUUCCCGUUUUUUCCGGGAUUUCCCUCCGGUGGCUUUUGCCUGCCUGGAUGAGGCUCACUGCGUCUCCCAAUGGUCCCACAACUUCCGGCCCGCUUACCUCCGGAUCUGCAAGGUUCUCCGCGAGCGCUUUGGCGUCCGAUGCUUCCUGGGCCUCACGGCCACGGCCACGGCGGCCACGGCUCGGGACGUGGCCCAACAUUUGGGAAUUCCUCCGGAAAACGGGAUCGGGAUCUGCGCCGCCGGAAUUCCCGAAAACCUGCGGCUCUCCGUGUCCAUGGACUCCGACCGGGAUCAGGUGAGGUCGGAUUUGAGAUCGUUCCAGGGCGGUUUUGUUCUUUUUUNCUCCUGGUUCUUGGUGGAGAUGGAGCUCACCACACAGUGA